CAAAAAAAAACCAUCAGCCAUAUUGGUGUGUUGUAUCGCUGUCCUCAGUAAUUUCGAAGAUCAGCAAAGGAGAUAGUGCAUCAUGACUGAUUCCAUGAAAUUUGGUCCAGAGUGGUUGCGCAAGGUUUCAUCAGGUGAUAGUUGCAAUACUGGUAGUGGUGGUGGAGGGACAACAACCUUGAGUACACCUCGUUAUCAGUUAGCAGAGCAUAGAUAUGGUCGGGAAGAGAUGCUGGCCUUGUUCGAUCGCAAUUGUAAACCUUCGGAGCCAUUGACAACUUUUCCAACACUGUAUGUGGAGAAAACUCAGUUUCCAUUGGCUCUCACAACCAUGACAGAUGAUGAAACGCGUAUGUGGAAUGGAGGGAUAACUAAUAUUGGUAGUAGCCGUGGAAGAGGUAGCAGUGUGGAUCGUGGACGUGGUAGAACUGGAAGAGGAGGCUUGUAUUCGUCUCAUUAUUCACGCGGAGUUGGUUUUGAUGAUUCCGGUGAUGGGAUACGAACCGAGAGCCAAUCAUUCCAGGGAAGAAAUAGGACGUUUGAUAGAUCUCAAAGCGAACGCAGCUGGUCAGAAAGAAACGGCGCUUCAGAUCCGAUAGAAUGGAACGGGUCGACUAGUCCUAGAAAGGAUAUAAAUCGUGGGACUAGUAAUAGUUCGCUUAUGGAGAGUAAUUGGAGACGUCAUCGUGGAAGCGGAGAGGACGAUGAUAGUUGGCGCAAAUGGGGAAGAAAUAAUUGGCGCGAAGGUGGUAGCAUGGAUCGGGAUAGAUUGGAUCGAAAUGAGGGUGAUGGAGAGGAGGGUAGAGGUGGACCGGGACGAUGGGAGCAUCGAGGAAACCACAGACCUUCCCAUGAUUCUGGUCAUCAUCCACCACCUCGCACUGCUCGCACUUGGGAAUCUAAUCAUCACGAUAAUCAUGACAAUCUACCUGAAUGGGCAACGGAGAAUCCAAGUGAGAGUGGCAGUUUUGAUGCUUCGGGUGCAUUUCACGGUGGAAUGUAUUCGGAUGAUGAUGAGGACGGUGCAGCCGGUGCUUCCCAACAAGGCAGAACUCGACGCGUCUCGGAAGGAAGUGCUUCGAAUGUAGUGAGAUCUAAUAGCAAAUCAUUAGCUUUUGGAACAGGUUCUGUUCAAUCCUUGAAUCGCCAUACAAGUAAUACAAUAGCCAAUACAUUAAGCAAGGAACGAUCAAAACCAUUGGAUUCGCUUGAAGAUAAGGAUGAUUCUAUGCAGAAAGAGAGGAGAUGUACCUCACCUUCUGUUAAGUCGACUACUGUGCCGUCGACUGAGAGCAUUCCCACAAAGACUUUAGCAUCCUCAGAUCUCUUGCAGAAGAAGACUAUUGGAUCUACAAAUAUGGAUAAAAUUGAGACUUUAGGUGAGAAAUCUAGCGAGCCUCCGAGCGGAUCUCAUAAUAAGGAGAACGUACAACCAGAGAUUAAAACGGAGCCACAGAUAACUGCUGUGACUAAUCGACAAGUUCCUUUAGAGCAUCCGAAGCUCGUACAUAAUACAGGAACUGCUAAUGUCAGGCAGAGAACAGAAGAUGAUCUAGAUAGAAUGAAAGAGGAAGCCGACGCUUUGGUAGCCAAAUUAAUGGCAGAUGAGGAAAGUCACAAGGAGAAAACAGCCGCUACUAGUGUUCCGCCUGCAAUUGGUAAUCAAUCUUCCACAGUUUCCUCCACGGGUAAUCCGGAAAAAUGGUUUUACCGUGAUCCGCAGGGUGAAGUUCAAGGACCAUUUUUAGCUAGUGAAAUGGCUGAAUGGUAUAAGGCUGGUUACUUCACUACGGGAUUAUUUGUGAGAAGAACUUGCGAUGAGAGGUACGUCACACUUGGUGAUUUGAUUAAGAUGUUUGGAAGAGUACCGUUCACGCCUGGUCCACCAAUACCUCCAUUAAAGCAAUUAGCAGAACAAGUGAUUCCACCACCUGUUCCUAAUGCUGUACCGGCUGGACUAACUCCUGGUGUUAUUCCAAAGGCUGGAUUAGAAGAUCCAUUACUAUUGAUGACAUAUCAGCACAUGCAGAUGCUACACAAUCAGAUGCUAUUCAGGCAAAUGAGAACAUCAGCGAUAGCGAAAUUGUCGCAAUCGGAGCACUGGUCUACAUUAACUCCUGUGGAGCAGAAUCAAUUGAUUUUACAAUACGUCAUACAAGAUGGAAUGCAGGAAAUUCCGGAAGUGCCGAUAGCGACAAAUCCGUUUGUGCCUCACCUAACGUCUCAACCUAAUCCUGUUAUGCAACUUUUCACUCAAAUGCAACAAGCGAAAACGCAACCUGAGACUCAUUUACCAACGAAUCCACAUACAACGGCGUCGGCCCAUCCAACAGCAAUGGAUCCUAUACAGCAACUUAUCCAACAAAUGGGCGGUUUACAAAACUUGCCCACUAUGCAACAACCAAAUAUUGCUCCGACACCUACACCGACGCAAGAAGACAAUCCAAUAAAGUCUUUGUUACGUCAACUUAAUGUCAACACAAAUGGUCAUCCUCAGGCAACCACCCAUAUGGAUACUGUUUGGCCGCAGCCCCCGCCGCAAAUGGUUCCCCAAUUUAAUGCGCAGAAUUGGUUAGCGCAGGUCGGACCCAUUCCCGCGAUGCCACCAGGUCAAUUACCUGGUUCUCUCUGGGAUUUACAUGCUAAAGAUAUGAAAACCGAGCAGCAAAUAUUGGAAGAACAAAAUCUUAAGUUACAAGAAGACAGAAAAAAGGAAGAAUUACGAAAACAAGAACAAUUGCAGCGUCAAGUGGAAGAAGAGAAUGCAAAAAGGAAGCAAAAGGAGGAACAAGCUAGACAAGCUGAGGAAGCAAAACGUAAAGAUGAGGAAAGAAAGAGAAAGGAAGACGAAAAGAAACGAAAAGAAGAGGAAAAACGUAAACAGGAGGAAGAGCAAAAAAAGAAAGAAGAAAAGAAACGUAAAGAAGAAGAGAAAAAGCGUGAGGAAAAGAGGAAGCAGGAAGAGGAAAACUUUAAGAAGAGACAGGAAGAAGAAAAAAGAAAGCGGGAAGAGUUUAAAAAACAAGAAGAAAAACUAAAGAGAGAAGAGGAAAAAAAGAAAAAAAUAGAAGAAGAGCAAAGAAGGCAAGAAGACGAGAGACUCAGAAAAGAGGCGGAAAUACGCCGACAAACGGAAAUAGAAGAGCAAGCGCGUCGUGCGGAACAACGACGAAGAGAAGCCGAGGCAUUGCGUAAACUUCAAUAUAUAUAUAUAUAUAUGUAUACACAUAUAUAUAUUAAUAUGUGUUACAUGUCUACAUCUAUUACCUUCUUACAGGAAGAUCAACGGCUUCAGCUAUUGAUGCAACAACAGUUGGCACAGCAAAAGGCAGUAGAAGCAGCACAAGAAGCAUCGGUAAUCGACUCUUCAAAGCGAUUGCAGUUCAAAUGGGCAGAAAAGGCUAUUACCGCUAGUAAACCUCUGCAAGUGAAGAGUCUCGCGCAGAUUCAGCAAGAAGAGCAGGAGCGCGUCACUAAGGUAAAGCAGGAAAGGGAACGGCUAGAAAAAGCUAGUCAGAAAGAAUCUGCGAAUAUGCUGCAGAAUUCCGGAAUAUGGGGUACAGCAUCACAGUGCUUGAAUUGGGCUAAUUCGAAUGCAUCAAGCAGCCAAAUGUGGUCCACAAAUUCCGGUACUACUACUGGGUUCUGGGAUCCUACUCCUAUUAAGUCGUCCACCCCCAUAAAGCAGCCCGCUAAACAAACUGUAAUUACAAAACCUGCCUCCAGCCAACAACAGCAGCAAAAUAAUAAUAACAAAGCGUCCAAAAGUAAGAAUAAGAGAGAAGAAGAACUAGUGAAGAAAUUGUUUGAACAGAACACUGCCAAGACCGACGAAUUCACGCAAUGGUGUAAUAAAGCAUUGAGUAGUAUACAGGCGUCUGUGGACAUCCCUACGUUUGUUGGAUUUUUACGAGACAUCGAAUCGGCGUAUGAAGUUAAGGAGUACGUUCGCGUUUAUCUUGGAGAUACCAAGCAGAGUGCGGAAUUCGCCAAGCAAUUCCUUGAAAAACGAAGCAAAUGGCGAUCAGCGCAACGUCCUCAGGCACAAGCGGAUGACUUGUGUAAGCCAGCACCCGCUGUUAAUCCAAAUGCACCUGCAGAAUUUCAAGAAGUUAAGGGAAAAUCCAAGAAACCAAAGAAGGGAAAGAUGUUCAAAGUAGAUAGCAGGAUCCUUGGCUUCAGCGUAACUGCUGCUCCCGAUCGUAUUAACGUAGGUGAUCGCGAUUAUGGCGAAGGCGUCUGAACUGUUUCACCAAUUUACCUCGUAGAAAUGAUGCGACGCUCGUUUCAUUAAACGGUUCGUUAUUUAUUUAUUGUACAUGCCAAACCGGUGCUGAGAAACCCAAUGCGGGUAUCUCUUAAAGCAUAUGAAGACUUUUUACAAUCCAACACACGAAGAAAGAAGCUCAUCCCUUCAAAGUUGAUCGUCAAUAAAGCGAUCUUUAUUUAGAACCGGCUGAGCGUGGCGUUAUUUUCUUACAUUACACACAAAAACUCCUUUGUACAUAUUACUCAAAGAAUAUUUCGCAUGAAAGAAGAUGGACUUACUUUUUCCUAUGUACACAACUAAGGUUGGAAACUUUUAUAACAUUUCAUCUCGCCAUCGUCACUGAAAAUACACAAGAAAAAAAAGGAGAGAAAAGUAUGCCGACCGAUAAUUGUUCAUGCGGAUAUAUGGCAGUCAAUAGCAAUAUGUGUAUGUAAAGGUGUUCAAUGACAAAGAAAGCAACAUUAUAGAACGUGCUUGAGAUCGCGAAAAUCAUCACUUCUACGUCAAAUACUGAAUAUACGGUGCGUCAGUAUUUGUCCUUAUUGAAUCCUAUGGAUUUUCGCUUCAUCGCAGACACACGUCGAGAAAAGAGAUUUACUUUAUAUUACUAUACAUCAUUUUGCAAAUGAUUUAAGGUGCAAUUUAGCAUGAAGAAUCUUCCCUCACUCUUUAAUACUUCUUCGCUGUCAUAAUAUUGCAGUAAUGAUACUUUAAGCAGAACAUAUGAUUAUCGUAUAUGAAAGAAAUACAAUAACAGAAUGGAUACUUGUAUUAUAUUCUGAAAUGAUGGACAAGGAGAAAAAGCGAUUCAGAGCGUUACUUUCCUGAUAUUAUGAGGAUAAUUAUAUGAAAUAAAACUAGUGACUUUUGACUCAGCACAGUAUUCUUCAUUAGAAACUUUCGGUUUCAUGAUAGAAACACAAUAGCGAUUAAAGGUAAUGUUCAUAAUGUGUAUUACUACUUCCUCAAGAAUAUCGCAUCAGAUAUCAGCGUUGAUAUCUUGGAUGAAAUCCUGGUAGCACUGAUUACUGCAUAUAUGGAUCUCGUUGUCGUCGACAUAGACUUCUUCUAUACGCUGUAGUCGAUCA